GGCGCAGAGCGCAAGCUGGGAACACGAGGCCAAGAGCCACUGCUCGAGCCGCCUCAGUACACUGUACCCGGGCACUAGCCCGCUUGCAGCCCCAGGAUUAGCCCGAGGACUCAUCCUCAGUCCUGCCACCGCCCAGCCACCCUCACCUGGAUUACCUACCGCCGCAGUUGGAGCAGAGCUAGCGAGAAGGCGACGCGGGAGGAAAGCCCCAGAAGAGCUUGGCUUUUUAGGGACCCCCUCUGGCGGAUAGACGCGCGGGAAAGCGGCGUCCCAAACGAAGCCAGCCACCGGGCGGGCGCGGGGAGAGAGAGAGAGAGAGAGAGCGACGCUCCAGGGGAUGGCAGCCGCGUCCCGUAGCGCCUCUGGCUGGGCGCUACUGCUGCUGGUGGCACUUUGGCAGCAGCGCGCAGCCGGCUCCGGAGUUUUCCAGCUACAGCUGCAGGAGUUUGCCAACGAGCGCGGAGUAUUGGCCAGCGGGCGGCCGUGCGAGCCCGGCUGCAGGACCUUCUUCCGCGUCUGCCUUAAGCACUUCCAGGCGGUCGUCUCGCCUGGGCCCUGCACCUUCGGCAGCGUCUCGACACCUGUGUUGGGCACCAACUCCUUCGCCGUCGGGGACGAUAGUAGCGGCGGGGGACGCAAUCCUCUUCAACUGCCUUUCAAUUUCACCUGGCCGGGUACCUUCUCACUCAUCAUCGAAGCUUGGCAUGCGCCAGGAGACGACCUGAGGCCAGAGGCCUUGCCACCAGAUGCACUCAUCAGCAAGAUCGCCAUCCAGGGCUCCCUAGCUGUGGGCAAGAACUGGUUACUGGAUGAGCAGACCAGCCCUCCCACGAGGCUGCGCUACUCUUACCGGGUCAUCUGCAGUGACAACUACUAUGGGGAGAGCUGCUCACGCCUGUGCAAGAAGCGCAAUGACCACUUCGGCCACUACGUGUGCCAGCCAGAUGGCAGCUUGUCCUGCCUGCCCGGCUGGACUGGGGAGUACUGCGAACAGCCUGUCUGUCUUUCUGGCUGUCACGAACAGAACGGCUACUGCAGCAAACCGGCAGAGUGCAUUUGCCGCCCAGGCUGGCAGGGACGUCUGUGCAACGAGUGCAUCCCCCACAAUGGCUGUCGCCAUGGCACCUGCAGCAUCCCCUGGCAAUGCACCUGUGAUGAGGGCUGGGGAGGCCUAUUUUGUGACCAAGAUCUUAAUUACUGCACCCACCACUCUCCAUGCAAGAAUGGGGCAACGUGCUCCAACAGUGGUCAGCGGAGCUAUACCUGCACCUGUCGCCCAGGCUACACUGGCAUGGACUGUGAACUGGAGCUCAGCGAGUGUGACAGCAACCCUUGUCGCAAUGGAGGCAGCUGUAAGGACCAGGAGGAUGGCUACCGCUGCCUGUGUCCCCCAGGCUACUAUGGCCUGCACUGUGAACACAGCAUUUUGAGCUGCGCAGACUCCCCCUGCUUCAAUGGGGGCUCCUGCAGGGAGCGCAACCAGGGGGCAAGCUAUGCCUGUGAAUGCCCCCCCAACUUCAUGGGCUCCAACUGUGAGAAGAAGGUGGACAGGUGUACCAGUAACCCAUGUGCCAAUGGGGGCCAGUGUGUGAACCGUGGUCCUAACCGCAUGUGCCGCUGCCGUCCUGGAUUCACAGGCCUCCACUGUGAACUCCACAUCAGCAACUGUGCCCGCAACCCUUGUGCCCACGGCGGCACUUGCCAUGAUCUAGAGAAUGGGCUCAUGUGCACCUGCCCCGCUGGCUUCUCUGGCCGGCGCUGUGAGGUGCGGAUUCCUAAUGACGCCUGUGACUCAGGACCCUGCUUCAACGGGGCCACCUGCUAUGCCGGCCUCUCCCCAGACGGCUUUGUCUGCAACUGUCCCUAUGGCUUUGUGGGCAGCCGCUGCGAGUUCCCUGUGAGCAUGCCACCCAGCUUCCCCUGGGUGGCUGUCUCUCUGGGCGUGGGACUGGUGGUGGUGUUGGUGUUGCUGGGCAUGGUGGCAGUGGCAGUGCGGCAGCUGCGGCUUCGGCGGCCUGACGAUGGUGGAAGGGAGGCCAUGAACAACUUGUCAGACUUCCAGAAGGACAAUCUGAUCCCUGCUGCCCAGCUCAAGAACACAAACCAGAAGAAGGAGCUGGAAGUGGACUGUGGCCUGGACAAGUCCAACUGUGGCAAACAGCAGAACCACACACUGGACUAUAAUCUGGCCCCAGGGCCUCUGGGGCGAGGGACCAUGGCGGGGAAGUAUUCCCACAGUGAUAAGAGCUUAGGGGAGAAGGCGCCGCUGAGGUUACACAGUGAAAAGCCAGAGUGUCGGAUAUCAGCGAUAUGCUCCCCCAGGGACUCCAUGUACCAGUCUGUGUGUUUGAUAUCAGAAGAGAGGAACGAAUGUGUCAUUGCCACAGAGGUAUAAGGCAGGAGCCUUCCCAGGACAUCCCAGCUUUGCCCCAGCAGCUGGAUCUUCCUUCUGCAUUGUUUACAUUGCAUCCUGGAUGGGACAGUUUUAAUAUGCAACGUGCUGCUCUCAGGAGGAAGAGGGAAUGGCAUGACCUGGACAGACUGUGAACUUGCCAAGAGAUGCAGUACCCUUCCAUGCCUUGGGGUGUCUGUCUGGCAUCAGCUUGGCAGCCGCGCCAGCCAGAGGAACAGAGAGGAGAGAUGCCACUGGGACCUGCCCUGCAGGCAGUGGCCUUCAGAGGGGCUCCUCUGGGGAAUCUGGCUUGUUUUCCAGAGGGAGAGGUAGUGGCCCCCUGGGGCCUGGAGCUGCUGUGGCCUCCACUGGCAUCUGUGUUUCCAAAAGUGCCUUCGGCCCAGGCUCCAUGGUGACAGCUGGGUCCAAAUCAGAGAGGAGAGAGGAAGCCAGUAUGGGCAGGGCCAUCUGUGGGCUAGGAUACCACUGGGUGUGGCUCUUGGCAGGAGUUGCCCUGCAGGUGAGGCAAGCGCCCUGUGCCUCCAACCCCUGCAUGAGGGCCUUGCUCAUAACAGCGCUCCAUCUUCUCCCUGGCCAGGGCCCUCUGGGAAAGGCUGUUGGUAAGACCUACUUGGUUUCCACAGCCUCCGGCCUUGCGUGUCUCUGGGUUCCUGUGAGCAGACAGGUGGAGGGCAUGCCCUGUCUGUCAGCUGGGGGCACCAGGCCUGACUGGGGAGCUCAGAGCAGUGAUGGAAAUUCCAGCGAGGGCCCUGUGAGGUGCUGUUACCGCCUAGGCCCUUUCCUCUCUCAAACCAUUCCUACAGCCUUGAGCCUACACCCACUACUGCCCGUGGACCACCCUUGAAGCUGAUCUUCAGAAAUCAAUAAUAUGAGUUUUUAUUUUGGGGUUUUUUUUGUAGUUUAUUUUGGAGUCUAGUAUUUCGAUAAUUUAAGAAUCAGAAGCACUGACCUUUCUACAUUUUAUAACAUUAUUUUGUAUAUAAUGUGUAUUUAUAAUAUGGAACAGAUGUGUACAGGAGUUUAUUA